AUGUCCGACGAGAAGACCACAACAAACCAGCAGCUCGAGCAGACCGAGAGGCUCGAGGCCCAGGUCAAGUCUGCAGACAUGCAGGAAGCCAUCGAAGUCGCACAAGAAGCCAUGGAGAAGUUCAACAUCGAAAAGGACAUUGCACACCACAUCAAGAAGACGACUAACGAGUUCAUGCAGNAGACCAAGCACUUCAUCUACUUCUACUUGGGUCACUGCGCUAUCCUGCUGUUCAAGACGCAAUAA